UGAUGUCAUGACGUUUAAGGUUCCCUCCCUCUAUAAAGGCAGCGUCCCAGCAGAGGGAGGAGACAGUUAAGGUUUCCUCGGAGGGUGUGCAGUGCGUACUAUUUGUGUACUUACAGCGGAAGUGUUUUUUAAAAAGGAUUUGUUCCUAAAAGAGAAGAGUAAAGGAAAAUGGCCCGUACCAAGCAGACUGCCCGUAAAUCCACUGGUGGCAAAGCUCCACGUAAACAGCUGGCUACUAAAGCUGCGAGGAAAAGCGCCCCCUCUACUGGUGGAGUCAAGAAACCUCAUCGCUACAGACCUGGUACUGUGGCACUGCGUGAGAUUCGCCGUUACCAAAAGUCAACAGAACUUUUGAUUCGCAAACUUCCAUUUCAGAGACUCGUAAGGGAGAUUGCCCAAGAUUUCAAGACAGACUUAAGGUUCCAGAGCGCAGCCAUUGGUGCACUGCAGGAGGCUAGUGAAGCCUAUCUGGUGGGUCUGUUUGAAGACACAAAUCUCUGUGCCAUCCAUGCCAAGAGAGUUACCAUUAUGCCCAAAGACAUCCAGUUGGCUCGUAGGAUACGGGGAGAGAGGGCUUAAAAAGGAAGCAGUUUUUAUGGUGUUUUGUAGUAAAUUCUGUAAAAUACUUUGGUUUCAAUUUGUGACUUUUUUUGUAUGAAAUUGUUUAUAAUAUGUUACAUUUGUACUUAAGUCAUUCCAUCUUUCACUCAGGAUGAAUGCUAACAGUGACUGUUCACAUAAAACUCAGUGAUGUGAGCCCUGUUGCUCAAUAGUGACAAGUUGCUAAUAUGCAGAAGGGAUGGGUGAUCUUUCUUGCUUUUCAUGCAUGUUUCUGUAUGUUAAUGACUUGUUGGGUAGCUAAAAUUGUAAGGUACUAGAAUUGAUAUAAAUGUGUACAGGGUCCUUUUGCAAUAAAACUGGUUAUAACUUGAU